AAUGGGACGCUCCAGCCUCCGUUUGGUCAUGUGGAACGCAUCUGUGGCCUUGGCACUGAUGUGCACGGUGCUCUGCCGCGUGGAAGGAAUGCCUCAUCCCCCGGCCACCUCCUCAGCGCCGAUGGUAGAGGCGCCCUACGACAACAAGUUCGACAACGUGGACCUGGAUGAGAUCCUGAACCAAGAGCGGCUCCUGAUCAACUAUAUCAAGUGUUUGGAGGGCACAGGUCCCUGUACGCCCGAUGGCAGGAUGCUGAAGGAAAUCCUACCCGAUGCCAUCAUGACCGACUGCACCAAAUGUACGGAGAAGCAGCGUUACGGGGCCGAGAAGGUAACCACCCAUCUCAUUGACAACCGACCAACGGACUGGGAGCGACUGGAGAAGAUCUACGAUCCGGAGGGAACCUAUCGCAUCAAGUACCAGAAGAUGAAGGCUAGUGCCGCUGAACAAGCUUCAGUUUCAUCAUAAAGCGUAAUUCCUUACUUAUCUUACACUAACCUUUAUUUGUGCACAAAAGAAACAAGCUACAAUUGUUUUAAAUUUGAUAAUAAUUCAUAUUUUAUAUAUAUUAUUAGAGCUAAUAAUUUGCAGUUACUGUUUAAUGUUGAAAUUAGUUUGUAAACAACAUUUCCUAUUAAUAUUAAAUGCAUAGAUAAUAAAUACUUGCAAGCAA